AUGAGCAAUCGAACAACAAGAGCAUGCGAUCCCUGUCGUCUUAGAAAAGUCAAAUGCAACGGUUCAGUCCCAUGUUCUCAAUGCGGCCAUCUCAACCUUGCCUGCGUCUACUCGGCGCCCCCGACAAAGAGAAAACCCACGGUACGAGGACGAUUGGUAGCUCAGAUACGCGAGGGUGUUUGCGUGCGACCUGAUGAUGCAAGGUCCAACUCGGGUUCCCCGCAAACUGACGAUCCUUCACCAUCUUACAUACCCACGAGCAAUGGCACGCCAUAUACCCAAGACUUCUUUCUCAAUCUCGUCAAGGAAUAUGAACGCGCUGUUUUUCCAGUCAAUCCAAUUAUUUUACCAUCCGAAGUCGUGACUGCGAUUGAAGGGAUGGAAAAUAGCUUUGAAGAUGCUGCGUUUGUGUACGCGUUUGCCGGGGCUACAAUCAACUUAUCGCAAACAACGUGGAACCCUGACAAUGAUAUCCUUGCAAGGAUGAUGGAUCUUCUGGCUCUUGGUUUCAAAGCGCACAGACAAGCCGAAUUAGGAACUGGGUUCCUAAGUAAAUUGCCAGUGAGCGCGAAACGCGUCAUGACGUGUAUCUUUUUGGAGAAUUCUCUCAUGACGUUUGAGAGAUUGGAGCGAGGUCUGAUGAUGCUACGAGAAGCUGGAACAAUGAUACAGAUGAUGGACCUGACAGAUGGUUCACUAACUCAUCACGAAAUCGCCACGCGACAACGGAUGUAUUGGGAGAUAUCAAUCCACGAACGUUACCUCACAGUCAUUGCAGGCUACCCAGCUCUAUUGCCUCCUCUCAAGACAGGUCUCCCGAUUCCGGACUAUGAGUUGUCGCCGGGAAUAAAUGAAGGCUUCAACCGGUUGAUCGAGCUGUUUAAUGUGCUCGACGAUGAGUUCUUGGCUCACUGGAGAGCUCAACAGAAUCCAUCAAGUUCAGCACCUGAGAUGACAGCUGAAUGGAUCGAGUAUAAACAGGCUCAGCUUGAUCAAGAUGAGAUACGCGUAGCUGAGACUGAUAACAAGUUAAUAUCGAAUGGCUGCGAGGGCUUAACCGAGCUUCAACACGCAGACUUGUUAAUCACACGACUCUGGAUGAGAAUCCUGGUAUGGCAACUCGCAUUAUCACAAGGUCUUUUACAAUCUACACCACCACAAAACACGCAUGAGGGCUUCUCAAUGCACUUCCCCGCACAUCGUCUCUCAACUCAACUUCGAAACCUAGUUGAUCGACUAAAAAGCUUUGACAGUGUUGCGCUGCAUGGACCGGGUAUUCUGGCCAAGCUGUUUGAGAUCACGACCACUGUGGCGGAUGUAUUGGCUUUGCCUACCGGCGCUGGGGAACAGCAGGAUGUCGAGGCGAGGGUGGAGGAUUUUUUGUUUCUUGUUACGUUUUUGUUGAGUUUUGAUAGGAUUCAUCAGAAUCAGAGGGAGUAUCUGAAGGAGAAGUUGAGUGGAUUGCAGGAUGCCUCGGGGUUUCAUAGUUUGGCUACGUAUAAUGCUGACGGGUGGUUGUCUGGAUAA